GUGGGGUGAACUGGCUGGGCGCCCAAGACUUUCGUGAGCUCUUCGAAUCCCUCGACAGAGACGGCUCUGGAAAACUGAGCCUAGGAGAGCUCCUGAGCAUGGCAAUGCAGCUCUCAGACCUCGCCGAGCGGUUGCAGCGCUUCUGUACCGACAACGCA